UGCGAUAGGAUACGAUUUCACCCCACCCUCUUCCCCCCUCUAUGCAAAUAAUGAAUGCGUCCAUGGCAUGCCCAUUCUCUCUAAUCAUUGCUUUUGCCUUGAUUAUCGAACCGUGACAAGAAAGGCUGGCUCCGGUGUGACGUCUUCAGUGAAAAAUGGCUUGAACAGUGAACAGAGUAAAGGGCAAUAGACACACUGGAUUAUCGUGUUAACUGUCAGUAGGCUAUCUAUACUCAUCAGUUACCGCCAGGAGUUGCGGCGUGUUUCCUAUACCUGACCCUGGACAUAAUAUCAGAAGUACUGUUGCUACCAAGGAGGUGUUUUGACGGAAGUGUGACUACUUCUUUUGCCGGAGUUUCUUCAAGAUCUUUGGGAGCUUUGGAUUUUUAUAAAAGUUGAUUACUUCUUCUCUUUGCUACGAUGCCUCGGUUAACGACUGCAAGUCGCAAGGAAAAGGUGACAGAUGUUUUCAAGAUGAAGCAUACCAUUGGCAGCGAGCUUGAUCCAAAUAUCACAGCCACCAUGCCCCUCUUCACGAAAAGGCGAAAAGAAAAGGUGUCGGAUAUUUACGAUUUGAAGCACACGAUUGGAACAGGGGCUUUCUCCGAGGUGGUGGUAGCAGAGGAUAAGAAGAGCGGAGAAUACAGAGCUAUAAAAUGCAUCGAAAAGAAGAAAAUCAAAGGCAAGGAGGACACGCUGGAGAACGAGAUCGCUAUCCUAAAGCAAAUAGAUCAUCCGAACAUCGUGGCUCUACUGGACAUAUUUGAAGACAAGAUGCAUGUAUAUUUAGUUAUUGAAUUAGUAUCAGGUGGAGAACUCUUUGAUAGGAUAGUGACCAAAGGUAACUACACAGAAAAAGAUGCCAGUGAGAUAAUGAAACAGAUACUUGAAGCUACCACGUACAUCCACGGCAAAGGAAUCGUACAUAGAGACCUCAAGCCAGAGAAUCUACUAUUCUAUAGUCCUGAUGAAGAUUCAAAAAUCAUGAUCAGUGAUUUUGGGUUGUCCAAGAUCGAGGGUCAGGAGGGCAUGUCGACAGCCUGCGGCACGCCUGGUUACGUAGCGCCAGAAGUUCUGAAGCAGCUGAAUUAUGGGAAGGAAAUUGACAUCUGGUCAAUAGGUGUUAUCACAUACAUUCUAUUAUGCGGUUAUCCUCCAUUUUAUGAUGAAAACGACUCCAAGCUCUUUCAGCAGAUCAUGCGAGGGGACUAUGAAUUCGACUCUCCAUACUGGGACGAUAUCUCAGAUUCAGCUAAGGAUUUCAUCAGGCAUUUAAUGGACGUGGAUCCAAACAGCAGGUAUACGUGUGAAGAGUCCAUCGCUCAUCCCUGGAUUUCAGGAAAUGCGGCACUUACAAAGAACAUCCAUCAAGUGGUCAGUGAGAACAUCAAGAAAAACUUUGCCAAGACAAAAUGGAAGCAAGCCUUCAAUGCCACCGCAGUGGUCAGACACAUGAGGAAGCUGGGGCUGGGUGACGUCAAGGCACGAUUACAAAAGAAAGAGGAGGAGAACAGCAGGUCGGAGGAGAGCAACAGCCAAGAAGGCUCUUCAGAUAGUUAGCUGUAUCAUCACCAUGGCAACCCAUUCGCAAGCCCUCCAAACCCCUCCAGAGCACCCCAUCAUAGCCUUCCUAGCUCUCUCCACUUUGGAAUUAUCAAAAAACCCUCUCUGCAUGCAGCCCGAUCAAGACUCUUCAAGAGCGGUGGUGUCCCGUCCUGGUUAAAACGUGAACUGAGAUCGUACAAAGCUGUAAAGCCGUCCUCCCGUUGCAUAGAGCUGACGAGAUCCGGCCUUCCAAAAUAUCUGCCCAAAUUAGCUUGUCUGCAAUCAUCCUCCAACCUUGAACCAGCGAGCAUUUAACUAUUUUGAUCAUCUAAGAAGGGAGAAGGGGAUGCAGGAAUUGGGAUAUAUACUCAUCACGAUGCAGUUCAUGCUCCUCUUUCCAAGAGUUUUCCAAAAAUAUAUCAUAACCUUUUCAAUUUAGCUCUUAUAUUUCAACAACAAAUAUUUCCUGUUGGUGAAUGAUAAUGCUUAACUGCACGGGAAUGAUACGCAAAUUUGAAAAAAGGCAAGAGUACUCCAUGUCUGUCUCUCCAUUCAAACAUCCUCUGUUGUACAAGGCAAUUAAAGCAAUCUUGUGUUGCUUGUCAAAAAUCAUCAACUGUUCCCAAUUAAGGAAUGACCAAUCUAAGCUCGCAGCAAGUGCAUACUCUGAGGAAUAGUAUUGAAACAAGUGUGAAGGAAUAAGAGGAUAUUCCAAAUGACACAAACACAAUUUCUGAAAAUAUAAUUCUACUUUAAUAGCAGAAAUAUAUGUUGACAGUUCACACUGUAAAGAACCAGCAACAAAUUAGUGCAAUUGUAUAAUGGAAAGAAAUUGAUGGAUUAAAAGGAAGGAUUUGGAAUGAUUAAGAUGAAAUUGGCUAUGUGUACUCUUAUCUCUCUCCCUUCUCAAUUAAUUUUCUACAUGAACACGUCUUUAGUUGUAUUGAAUGUAUGUUCUUGUUUCUUUUUAGUCCUGUUACAGUUGUUUCUGGAUUCUAUGUACAUCUUCUUGUAAAUAUUUUGUUGAAUAGAAGUUUUUGGAAUGGACUUUUCAAGCUUUGAAUGAGGAAUCUUAAAAAGUUUGGGAAGUGAAGGUCCUUUUUCUAUAUCACACUUGUCGCUUUUACAUGUAUUGGACUAUUCAGUAGUCAUAUAUUAGGCUUUCAAUGAUUUUGCAUUGCAUACUUUAGCAUGUUAGAGGUUUUUUUCAUGAAUUAUCUUUUUGAUUUCUAAUUAUUAUUGUUUGGUCUAUUCAUUCCAGUCAACCAUUUGAAGAAAAAGUAUCAGGAUUUUACCUGAUAUUUCUUUCUUUGUGUGUGCUGUUUGUAGUAGCAGCGAAGAGAACAAAGUGAAGUUUUUCUCUUUUUCUAUCUGUCUCUAUCUUACUCAUUUUAAUGGGUAUCUUUAUUUAGACUAAAUAGCCCUUGCAUUUUCUCAUCACAUUAUCUUGUUCUUCUUUAUGCUUUGUAGCUUAACCAGAGAUAUGUGCAAAAUGAGUGCCUUGCGGCGAGUGUUCUUGUAAUUGUAAUUCAAUUUUAAGUGUCAGUAUUACAGAAUAAGUGAAGAGGAAAUCAAUUAUUUUGGAUUGUUUUUUGAAUUACUUUUCUGUUUCCUCUAUGUGAAAUGAGAAAUCAGAAGAAACAACACUUUGACUUAAUUUUGUAGAUACUAUUACAUGUAAAAAAAAAAAAAUCUGUUUUACAUGAAGUUUAAUUGACAGAUGAAAAUCUGGAUACUCUAUAUAUGCAUUUGGUUUUGUAAAUUUUGGUGAUCAAAAGGUCUUGUUUAUGUCAAAAGUAUAUAUAUGUUGGAAGUAUAUCAAAGUCUAUGGUCAUAUUGUACAAGUCUAUGAACGGAUUUAUUUGUGUAGAGAGUCGGUAUGAAGUUUUGAUGAUAUUUGACAAAUCUUUUAUGACAAUUGAUUAUUUAAGUGUAAUUCUAUUGAAUAGCCGUACUGUACAGUUUUUCUUUUUUGUAAUUAAACAGUCUUGAAUAUUGUGCAGAAUUGUGUGCUAUCUAAAAAAAAAAAUCAGUACCAACUUGUUUAACCUAAAAUUACGUGAAAGUAAAAUGAUUAUGUGAAAGUAAACUGUACAUUCAUUCACAAGAGGACAAUUUCAUAAUGUUUAAUU